ACCACAACACUCGGAAUGAAGAGCGAUGGGCCGGGUCGCUUCAAUCCUCCGUCUCCUCGCGGCCUUCUCCGUCGCUCUUGCCGCUGAUUUCUCUUUGUUUUCCGCAGCUGGCUGUGCGGAGCCUCGCAGUGUUGCGGAGCACGUGUUGCGUCUCUGGUUCACCUCCGUAGCGCGCUGCCUCACUCUGUGGAUCCUUCUCCGGUUCUGUCCGGGGAACUACAGAGCGGUUCUGAACAGGUUGGUGCUGACGCACAGUGUCCUGCCAGCGCUGUUCGAGACCGGGACCAUCGCGCUGUGGGACACGGCGAGUCGCUGUGCGUCAUGGGCGGAUGCGCAGUGCUGGCUGCUGAACACCGGCGCGUCGCUGGCGGCUACGUUCUUCUGGGAAGCGACGCUCCUGGACGCGAACGGCGGCGAUGGAGGAGGGAAGGAGGGGAAGCAGAGGAGACGAGUUGUGCUCCUGAGAGUCCUGCGACUCAUCAGACCCGACGCUCUGCUGCUGCUCGGAGGGUUGGUCUUCCUGAGCCUGGCUGAGCUCUGUGAGAUGUUCAUUCCGUUCUACACCGGGAAAGUCAUUGACACCCUGCGGGAUGAAGAGCAGCAGAGGGACUUCUUCACCGCUCUGACCUUCAUGGGCCUCUACUCUGUGGGAAGUUCUGCGAGCGCCGGCUGCCGAAGAGGAAUCAUGCGGGCGGCCAACGUUUCCUUUACCUGCAGAAUAAAAGUCAAGCUGUUCCAGGCUUUGACAAGACAAGAGGUGGGCUUUUUCGAGACCACAAAGACAGGUGAAAUCACCAGCCGUCUGGCGCAGGACGCCGCCAUGUUGGGAAAGACUGUUGGUCUCAACGUCAAUCUGCUGCUGAGGACCUUCAUCAAAACCAUGUUGAUGAUCUUCCUCAUGAUGCAGCUGUCCUGGAAGCUCACGCUUCUGGUGUUGCUGGAGACUCCUCUCACCAGUCUGAUCCAGAGCCUCCAUGACACGCAUUACCAGCGACUGAACCUGAAGCUGCAGGACUCCAUGGCAGUCACCAAUGAAGCGGUCAAUGAGGUCAUUUCAGGCGUCGGCAUGGUGCGCAGCUUCAACGCGCACAGACAUGAGCACCAGCGCUACAAGCAGCAUCUCAAGAGAAAGCAAACUCUGAAGACACACAGAGACACGGUCACAGCCCUUUACAAACUCGUACGGAGGCUGACAGGUUUCAGCAUGCAGGUCCUGAUGUUGUACUGCGGCAGAUCCUUCAUCCAGGGGCAGCAGAUGACCACGGGCAGCCUGGUGUCCUUCAUCCUUUACCAGUCCCAACUGGGAGAAAGCAUCCGGCGUCUGACCAUGGCCUACGGUGACACGCUGAACUCUGUGGCUGCUGCUCGGAAAGUGUUUGAGCUUCUGGACCGUGAACCUCAGAUCAGCAUGGAAGGAACACUGGCCCCGGAGCAGCUGACAGGACACGUUAGCUUCCGCAACCUCAACUUUUCCUACCCGGCGUGCCCCGACAAAAGAGUUCUACAUAACUUCUCCCUGGAGCUGAAGCCUGGAGAGAUAACCGCACUUGUGGGACUGUCGGGUCACGGGAAGAGCACGUGUGGACGUCUGAUGGAGCGACUGUAUGAACCUCAGGAAGGAGAAAUCCUCUUGGACAACAUUCCCCUGAGAUCUUAUGAGCACAACUUUCUACACAAGAAGAUCUCAGUGGUCAGCCAGCAGCCAGUCCUCUUCUCAGGCUCCAUCAGGGACAACAUCGCCUACGGACUUCCUGACUGUUCCUUCCAGGAGAUAGAAAGAGCGGCUUCAGAAGCUGCUGCCCACGACUUCAUCUCACGUCUGGAGAAGGGCUACGACACCGAGGUGGGUGAAGGAGGAGGGCGACUGUCGCAGAGCGAGAGGCAGCUGAUCGCCAUCGCACGCGCUCUGGUCCGACAACCGAAGGUCCUAGUUCUGGAUGAGAUCACCAGCGCACUGGAUGCUGAGGGAGAAAACAAGAUCCAGCAGGCCCUGUGGAGCUGGUCCGACCAAACGCUGCUGGUGGUGGCUCACAGGCUGAAGACCAUCGAGAAAGCGCAUCAGAUCCUGCUGAUCCACGAGGGCAGAGUUCAGGAGCGAGGAACUCACCAGGAGCUGAUGGACUUGAAGGGAAACUAUUUCAGACUGAGAGAGAAACCUUUCGCUCACAAAGGUGAUGGCUCUUCCCCCAUCUGUGAGGGACCCUCCUCCAUCUGUGAUGGCUCCUCCUCCACCUGUGAUGCCCCCUCCUCCACCUGUGAUGGCUCCUCCUCCACCUGUGAUGCCCCCUCCUCCACCUGUGAUGGUGGUGACACGCUCAAACACAUUUCUUCUGUGGCUCCUGCUCAGUAGUUGGUGUUUUGGCAGCUUAUUACAUAUUAUUUAUUAUAUUACUCAUUACUGCACUUUAUAUCUUGAAGCGAAGGAAAAUUAUUUGUCUGAGCUGUUUUUUUAAGUUUCACGAUUGUAUAUAUUCAACCAAUAAAGGGCCACUUAAGCUC